GUUUCGGGGGGCGGGGGUCCCGAUGACGGCAUCGGAGCGCGCCGCGCGGAGGCUCGGAGUCUGACUGCACCCCUGGGGGACUGUGCUCCCACCCGAGCAGGACCGGGAGCUGCCCUCCCCCAGCAUGGGGCUGGAGGCCCAGAGGCUGCCGGGGGCCGAGGAGGCCCCAGUGAGGGUGGCCUUGAGGGUCCGGCCGCUGCUGCCCAAGGAGCUGCUGCACGGGCACCAGAGCUGCCUGGGGGUGGAGCCGGGGCACAGCCGCGUCACCCUUGGUCGAGACCGCCACUUUGGCUUCCACGUGGUGCUGGAUGAGGACACGGGGCAGGAGGCCGUGUACCAGGCCUGCGUGCAGCCCCUCCUCGAGGCUUUCUUUGAGGGCUUCAACGCCACGGUCUUUGCCUACGGUCAGACGGGCUCCGGGAAGACGUACACCAUGGGGGAGGCCAGUGUGGCCUCCCUUCACGAGGACGAGCAGGGCAUCAUCCCACGGGCCAUGGCUGAAGCCUUCAAGCUUAUCGAUGAAAAUGACCUGCUUGACUGUCUGGUGCACGUGUCCUACCUGGAAGUGUAUAAGGAGGAGUUCCGAGAUCUGCUGGAGGUGGGCACCGCCAGCCGUGACAUCCAGCUGCGGGAAGAUGACCGCGGAAAUGUUGUGCUGUGUGGCGUCAAGGAGGUGGACGUGGAGGGCCUGGACGAGGUGCUGAGCCUCCUGGAGAUGGGCAACGCGGCGCGGCACACGGGCGCCACACACCUCAACCGCCUGUCCAGCCGCUCACACACCGUCUUCACGGUGACCCUGGAGCAGCGGGGGCGCGCCCCCAGCCGCCUGCCGCGACCCCCCGCGGGCCAGCUGCUGGUCUCCAAGUUCCACUUCGUGGACCUGGCAGGCUCGGAGCGGGUGCUCAAGACGGGCAGCACGGGCGAGCGGCUCAAGGAGAGCAUCCAGAUCAACAGCAGCCUCCUGGCGCUGGGCAACGUCAUCAGCGCCCUGGGCGACCCCCAGCGCCGCGGCAGCCACAUCCCCUACCGGGACUCCAAGAUCACCCGGAUCCUCAAAGACUCGCUAGGCGGGAACGCCAAGACGGUGAUGAUCGCCUGCGUCAGCCCCUCCUCCUCCGACUUCGACGAGACCCUCAACACCCUCAACUACGCCAGCCGCGCCCAGAACAUCCGCAACCGCGCCACGGUCAACUGGCGGCCCGAGGCCGAGCGCGCGCCCGAGGAGGCGGCGGCCGGCGCGCGCGGCCCCCCGCGCCACCGCUCGGAGACGCGCAUCAUCCACCGCGGACGGCCCGACAGCGGCAUCGAGAGCGCCUCCGCCGAGGAGCAGGCCACGCAGGGGCCCGGCGGCGGGCCGAAGGUGGCCAAGGGCCAGGAAGAUGGGGCACUGCAGUUGCUCGCCCUGCAGAGCCAGGUGGCCCGGCUGGAGGAGGAGAACCGAGACUUUCUGGCGGCCCUGGAGGACGCCAUGGAGCAGUACAAACUGCAGAGCGACCGGCUUCGGGAGCAGCAGCAGGAAAUGGCGGAGCUUCGGCUGCGGCUAGAGCUGGUGCGGCCUGGCUGGGGGGCCCCAGGGCUCCUACAGGGCCUGUCUGCCGGCUCCUUUGCGCCCCGGCCUCACACAGCCCCCCUCGGCGGUGCCCACAGCCACAUGCUGGGCAUGGUGCCCCCCGUCUGCCUUCCUGGAGAUGAAGUUGGCCCUGAGAACUGGGGAGAGCAGGUGACAAAUGGCAGAGAGGCUGGGGCCCAGCUGCUGGCAGAGGCAGACAGCCAGGGGAGCGGCUCUUCAGCUGCCUCGGAGGAGGAGGAGCAGGAGGAGGGGCAGGAGGAGGGGCAGCCGCCCCUGCGGCCCCCGCACCUGCGCAGGAACGGGAUCAACAAGUGGAGCCAGAGGGUGGGGGCCCGCCCAGGAAGUCCAUGUGCCGGGAAGGGCCCAGAGCUUCACCCCGAAGAACCGGGUGCAGCCAUCCCGGGGCCCAGAGUAGCCGGUGGGAGCAAGGCCCUGGCGCGGCCCCGCCGGACCCCAGCUGCCACGGCCUCUGAGCGGCGGCUGGCCCAAGCCCAACAGAAGAUCCGGGAGCUGGCCAUCAACAUCCGCAUGAAGGAGGAGCUCAUUGGCGAGCUGGUCCGCACAGGCAAGGCGGCCCAGGCCCUGAACCGGCAGCACAGCCGGCACAUCCGGGAGCUGGAGCAGGAGGCGGAGCAGGUGCGGGCGGAGCUGAGCGAAAGCCAGAGGCAGCUGCGGGAGCUCGAGGGCAGGGAGCCCCAGGACGCCGGCGAGCGGUCCCGGCUCCAGGAGUUCCGCAAGAGGGUCGCUGUCGCCCAGAGCCAGGUGCAGGUGCUGAAGGAAAAGAAGCAGGCGACCGAGCGGCUGGCGUCGCUGUCGGCCCAGAGCGAGAAGCGGCUGCAGGAGCUCGAGAGGCACGUGCAGCUCAUGCGGCAGCAGCAGGGGCAGCUGCAGAGGCGGCUUCGCGAGGAGACGGAGCAGAAGCGGCGCCUGGAGACCGAGAUGAACAAGCGGCAGCACCGUGUCAAGGAGCUGGAGCGGCGGCACGAGCAGCAGCAAAAGAUCCUGAAGAUCAAGACGGAAGAGAUCGCGGCGUUCCAGAGGAAGCGGCGCAGCGGCAGCAACGGCUCUGUGGUCAGCCUGGAGCAGCAGCAGAAGAUCGAGGAGCAGAAGAAGUGGCUGGACCAGGAGAUGGAAAAGGUCCUGCAGCAGCGGCGGGCACUGGAGGAGCUGGGGGAGGAGCUCCACAAGCGGGAGGCCAUCCUGGCCAAGAAGGAGGCCCUGAUGCAGGAGAAGACGGGGCUGGAGAGCAAGCGCCUGCGGUCCAGUCAGGCCCUCAGCGAGGACAUCGUGCGAGUGUCCAGCCGGCUGGAGCACCUGGAGAAGGAGCUGUCGGAGAAGAGCGGGCAGCUGCGGCAGGGCAGCGCCCAGAGCCAGCAGCGGCUCCGCGGGGAGAUCGACGCCCUGCGCCAGGAGAAGGACUCGCUGCUGAAGCAGCGCCUGGACAUCGACGGCAAGCUGAGGAGGGGCAGCCUGCUGUCGCCCGAGGAGGAGCGGACGCUGUUCCAGCUGGACGAGGCCAUCGAGGCCCUGGAUGCUGCCAUCGAAUACAAGAAUGAGGCCAUCACGUGCCGCCAGCGGGUGCUGCGGGCGUCGGCCUCCUUGCUGUCCCAGUGUGAGAUGAACCUCAUGGCCAAGCUCAGCUACCUCUCGUCCUCGGAGACCAGAGCCCUGCUCUGCAAGUAUUUUGACAAGGUCGUGACGCUCCGAGAGGAGCAGCACCAGCAGCAGAUCGCCUUCUCCGAGCUGGAGAUGCAGCUGGAGGAGCAGCAGAGGCUGGUCUACUGGCUGGAGGUGGCCCUGGAGCGCCAGCGCCUGGAGAUGGACCGCCAGCUGACCCUGCAGCAGAAGGAGCACGAGCAGAACAUGCAGCUUCUCCUCCAGCAGAGCCGAGAUCACCUCGGCGAGGGGCUAGCGGACAGCAGGAGGCAGUAUGAGACCAGGAUCCAAGCGCUGGAGAAGGAGCUGGGCCGCCACCUGUGGAUGAACCAGGAACUGAAACAGAAGCUCAGUAGCCUGAGUGCGGCGGGCCAGAGCAGGGGUGGGGAGAAGAGGGCCCUGUGCCUGGAGAGCAGACCGGCUCCCGGAAACGAAGAGGAGCUGCGCCCCGUGCCCGAGCUUCUCUGGCAGCAGUCCCUCCCUGAGGGGGGCCCCCGCGCCCGGGACGAGGUGCGGGACUUGGUCCGGGCCCCGCUGCCGCUGACGUGGAAGCGCUCCAGCCUGUGCGGUGAGGAGCAGGGCGGCGCCGAGGAGCCCCUAGGGGGGCGGGCGCCCCCCGUGGGUGAGGCGGGCCUGCCCUGGAACACCGGGCCCCUGCCCAAGCCCCGGCGGGACCCGCGCCGGGCCAGCUCGGGCAUGAUCGACGUCCGGAGAAACCCGCUGUAGGCUGUGCGCAGAGCCCGCCUUGCAGGGAGGCUGAGCCCGCUCCCGGGCACGGUCAACCCCCUUCGCUUCGUGAAAGACGGCCUUUAGCCCUCCCUCCAAAUCCGGGUCCUGAUCUUGACACAGCGGGGAUCGGCGAACCUGGGCCACCAGCCCCAGUGGAUCAGACUCCUUUUUUUUCAUCUGUAAAUUCCUGCCCCUCAUUUCUUUGAGCUCCGGUACCGGAUUGCCAUCUUUUGGCUUGAGAGUUCCCAAAAGGCAAUUCUGGUCCCAGACCUGCGUGCGGGUGCCCACAGUGCUGGGGUUCAGCCGGUGCUGGACACACAACAGUGAGUGGCAACCGGGUUGUGUUUUAAAUGGUCUUAUGUAUAUGGUGGGAAGUGGGAAGCUUGGCAUAGUUUUAGACUUUUGUAAAACCAUUUUAUAAUAAAUGAGACUCUGAAGGGAAGAA